AUGGAGGAGCGACUCAUUGAACAGCUGAUCGUGGGAACCAACCACAAAAAGAUACAAGAAGUCCUGUUGGGUAAAGACGACAAACUAAAGCUAGAACAAGCACUAGAUGUUGCUAGGUUCCGUGAAGCCACUGACUCACACAUGAAACAAUUUGACGAAGCUUCCGUCGACGUGACUCUGGGCAGGAAACCCAGCACACCAGCCACUCUUAGAGUGAAGGUCGACACAGGCGCACAAGGGAACCUACUUCCGCUGCGAGUAUUCCGCCGCAUGUAUCCUGAGAAGUUGGACAGCGAGGGGUUUCCAAAAACUGGAUCCACCACCUUGUGUCCCACUAGGCUAACUGCCUACAAUGGUUCCAAGAUUCCUCAGUAUGGUGUGAUCAAAAUACCAUGCAAAUUCCACAGCAAUUCCAGCCUGUCGGAAUUCUACGUCACAGACUCCAGCGGUCCUGCCAUCCUUGGUCUUCCAACAUUACGAGCACUGAAUCUCGUCACACUCAACUGUGCAGUUCAGCAGUGUGUCGUCAACUCCAAGGAAGAUCUCCGGCAGAUGUUUCCCGACCGUUUCAAAGGCAUCGGACAUUUCAAAGGGAAAUUCCACAUCACCGUGGAUCAGUCCGUACCUCCAGUCGUCCAUGCCCCACGACGUUGUCCUAUUCACAUUAAGGAUGAACUGAAGCAUGAACUGGACACCAUGGAACAGGUUGGAGUAAUCGCCAAAGUGUCCGAGCCUACAGACUGGGUGAACAGUCUGGCUUUUAGUCGCAAGGCCAAUGGCAAACUACGGGUCUGCCUCGACCCAAAAGACCUUAACAAGGCCAUAAAGAGACCUCACUAUCGCACUCUGACGCUGGAAGAAAUCACCCACAAAUUUGCAGGUGCUACGGUAUUCUCCCUUGACGCGCGUCAUGGGUAUUGGUCAGUUCAGCUAGAUGAGGAGUCCAGCCGUCUCACCACUUUCAACAGCCCCUUCGGACGCUAUUGCUUCCGGCGACUUCCAUUUGGGCUCAACUUGAGUCAAGAUGUCUUCCAGGAGAGGAUGGACAACAUCCUUGAACGCUGCACUGGAGUCGUUGGUAUUGCCGACGAUGUCGCAGUAGUCGGUAGAGACCAAGCUGAACACGACAAGAACCUCAUACAGGUUAUGUCAGUCGCCAGAGAAGAAGGCCUGAUCUUCAAUUACGGAAAAUGUGAGAUUAACAGACCUUCGAUCAAAUUCUUUGGGAUGCUGUACGAUGCAGACGGAGUCCACCCUGACGCCGACAAAGUCGAAGCCAUUCAGGCAAUGGACACAGCAAGGUCAGCCAAGCAGUUGCUAGAGUUCCUGGGUAUGGUUACUUACCUGUCUCCAUUUCUACCCCAUGUGUCUCAGCUAACUGCACCCCUACGGGAACUCAUCAAGAAGGACGCAGUGUUUGAGUGGACGCCCUCUCACCAGGUGGCGUACGAUAGAAUAAUCUCACUCAUUACGCGAGAAGUCUCCUUGAGUUACUUCGAUCCCAGGGAGCCAUCAGUACUUCAAGUCGAUGCUUCCAGCAAGGGACUGGGCGCUGUUCUCAUUCAACGCGACAAACCAAUUGCUUUCGCAUCCAAGUCUCUGAGCGAAUGCGAGCAACGCUACGCCAACAUAGAGCGCGAGCUGUUGGCAGUAGUCUUUGGGUGUGAAAAGUUCCACACCUACCUGUACGGAAAACGGUUUGUCGUCCAGUCUGAUCACAAGCCCCUAGAGAUGAUACAUCUGAAAAACAUAUCAUCUGCUCCACAACGUUUGCAACGCAUGCUGCUACGAAUACAGCAGUAUGACCUCCAGUUAGUCUACAAACCUGGAAAGGAAGUAGCGGUGGCCGAUGCUCUGUCUAGAUCGCCAGUGUCAGAUAGUACUACUAUAGACCUUGACGUCAAGUUCCAUCUAGUGCAGUUCAGUGAACAGAGACAACAUGAACUGCGGAAGGCGACACAGUCUGACAGCGAGCUACAGGCACUCGAGAGUGUGAUUCUGUCAGGUUGGCCAGAGAGACAAAACGAGCUUCCUACUACGCUGAGGCAAUACUGGUCUUAUCGAGACGAGCUCUCGAUCCAAGAUGGCAUCAUCGUGAAAGGCGAGCGUGUUGUCAUCCCUGCCAGCAUGCAGUGUUAUAUCCUGGAGAAACUCCACGAGUCCCACCAGGGCAUCGAAAAAACAAAGAUGAGAGCUCGUACCUGUGUAUUCUGGAAAACCUGCAACCCGGACAUCGAGAACAUGAUCAAAUCAUGUCACAUCUGCCAACAGUUACAGAAGAAACAGAGUCCGGAGCCUCUUCUUCAGCACACUGUACCUACACGUCCGUGGCAAAUGAUUGGUAGUGACCUCUUCUACCUCGAUGGAUGCGAGUACAUCAUUUACUGUGAUUAUUACUCGAAAUUCCCAAUAAUCAGGAAAAUCCACGGAAGAGCGACCGGAGAAAGUGUUGUGAGCAUAACUAAGCAAGUGUUUGCUGAACAAGGCAUUCCGGAGACCAUGAUUAGCGACAACGGGCCCCAGUACGCGAGUUAUGCAUUCAAGCGAUUCACAGAGGACUGGGACUUCCGACACAUCACGUCAAGCCCCCAUUUUCCUCAAUCGAACGGAUUCAUUGAGAGGCAGAUACAGACAACGUCGAUUGCCAACAAUGCCCGUUUUUGUGGCGCAUUUACCACCGCUUUUGCGUCGAGAAAGUACUGGAAUGAUUUCUUCCAUGUGGUCCAGCGUGGUCCCAACUUGGAAGCAUGGCCUGUCAUAUCGAACGUCCUUACGGCUCCAAUUUCCAAACUUAUGGCUGCCAUUAUGCAUCAAACAACUCUCCAAGACUUUAACUACCUCGUCGCCACUGUUAUGUCCUCGCACCUCGGCUCUAUGCCCGGCUCCCGGCCUUAG